CCCGCCGCCCCGCGCCCGCCGCUCCAUGAAGGUCGCCAGCGCCGCCCCCUCGCCGCUGCCCGCGGGCGCCGGCGGCCCGCUGAAGGCGAUGCGGCCCGGGGAGGCGGCGCGCUGCGGGCCGGGCCCCGGGGUGGCCGCCGCGGCCCCGGGGGCGGCGGAGCAAGCGGCCGCCGCGCUGCUCUACGACAUGAAGGGCUGCUACUCGCGGCUGCGGGCGCUGGUGCCCACGCUGCCGCGGCACCGGCGCGUCUCCAAGGUGGAGAUCCUGCAGCACGUUAUCGACUACAUCUGGGACCUGCAGCUGGCGCUGCAGCGGGGCCCCCCCUGCGCCGCCGCCGCCCCCGGCGGGGAACCCCCCGAGGCUCCGUGCAUGCCCGCUGCGGACCGCAUCCUGUGCCGCUGAGACCCGCUCCGGACCUGCGAGGACCCUCCCCGGGCGCCGGAGGGGCAGCAGCUGCCGCCGCCCCAUGGUGGGGCUGCGCCGAGGGGCAGCUGGGGCAGCCCCCGCCCGGGACGGCGCGUAUCCUUCUCAGAUUGCUGAGAGCAUUCCCUGUAUUGUAUAUUACAAUGAUCCUGGAGAAUAUUGUUCUACAAUAGUUGGAGUUUUGUUAUUAAACAAGCCCUGAUUACGAG